UUCUGUUAUUUCUCACAAAAAUUUGAAAGUGGCAACGCUCUCUCUGAAUUCAAAUUCAAUUCAUCGAUCAACAACAAUGUCAAUUGAAGUGAAUUUCUCUGAUCUUCAUUGUCACUCAAAAAACGCUCCUCUUUCUCUUCAAACUAGCAAAAUGCAGAAUAUGCCAAGUGAAAACAAACCAUUGAAAGAUUCGAAGAAAAAGGCUCCAGUUUCUUGUGCUCAAAAUCAAGAUGGAAAGAAAGUGUUGAAGGAAAAAAAAUCUAACAUGUGUUAUUGUUCACCAACAACUCAUGAAGGUUCGUUCAGGUGUAGACUCCAUCGACUCAGUGCACCAAAGAAAUCGGAUACUGAGAAAACCAAUGUGAGAUGUGUAAGGUUUGCACAUGGGAUAGUUGCAUUUAAGCCUCAACUGUCAAGGUUUGGUAGAAUUGCUUCUGCUAAAUGGGGAUCACAUGAUAGUUUGAUCCAACUUUCUAGGUUGGGAUCUUCUUAA